AUGCCUGCUAUAGCCUCAAGCUCCCAUAUCGCACCUCUCCCUUCGGCCUCCAAGCCUCUUCCACUCACCACUUCUACUGAAGGUCUUCAAGCCAUCGCUGAUAAGCAUAUCACCAAAGGUCUGGGCCGACUUCGUGACCAUGUUUUCAGAGAAGGCAAAGGUCUUCGAGUUCUAACCACUGAAAACCAAAAACUGCUCGAUUUCACAUCAGGUAUCGGAGUAACCUCCCUUGGUCAUGCUCAUCCAGAUGUCACCGCUGCUAUCAUCGCUCAGGCGCAAUCUAUCAUCCACGUGCAAUGUGCCAUAGGCCUUUCUGAGCCUUACGUUCAAUUGGUAGAGUCAUUACUCACCAUGAUGCCUGAUCCGAGCUUGGACAGCUUCUUUUUCUGGAAUUCUGGAUCCGAAGCCAUAGAGGCGGCCAUCAAGGUAGCCAGAACAAGGACAAAGCGAAACAACAUCGUCGUCAUGCAGGGUGGUUACCAUGGCCGAACUUCCGGUGCUGCUGCAUUGACACGAUCCAAAACAUCUUUCUUCAAGGGUACUGGUCCUUUGAUGCCAUGCGUGUACACUACUCCCUUCCCCUACUGGCACGCCAUGGGCUUACCCAAGGAGACUUCUGAGGAGGUCCUUGUCGAACAAGCCAUUCUAGGCAUCGAGAAUCUGCUCCAACAGCAAACUGCUCCCGAAGAUACAGCUGCGAUCUUCCUUGAACCUGUCGUCGGCGAAGGUGGUUACAUUCCCGCUCCCCCUGCCUACAUCAGACAUCUCCGAGAUCUUUGUGACAAACACGGCAUACUCCUUGUCAUCGAUGAGAUUCAAACUGGAUUCUGCAGAACCGGGAAAACAUUCGCUAUUGAACACUCCGGUGUAAAGCCUGAUAUCAUGGUGUUUGCUAAAGGAUUUGCCAAUGGCAUGCCCAUCUCCGGUAUUGUAACAUCUUCCGACAUCAUGAAAGUCAUGGCACCUGGAUCACUUGGUGGAACAUACUCUGGAAAUGUUGUUGCUUGCGCUGCUGCUCUUGCCACCACUCGAUACAUGAGGACACAUGACAUUCUCGGGAACGUCCAAGCUCGAUCAGAACAGAUAUUUAAGGGUCUCCGCGAGAUCCACGCUGAUACUGAGAAUGGAGGAUGGAUGAUCGAGGAGGUCCGAGGACAAGGUUUAAUGAUCGCAAUGGAAUUCAAAGAUCCUAAUUCCAAGCUCACUCGAUCUCACUCGAGAGGAGAUAUCAAACUUCCCGCGAACCUUAACAAGCUCGUGCAGGAUGCAUGUUACGACCGAGGGCUUUUAGUCUUGACGACUAGUAUCUACCCUGUGUUGAGGUUGAUCCCUGCUUUGAUUUUGAGUGAGGAGGAAGUCGACGAGAUGUUGAGCACCAUGAAGGAGGCUGUUAAGGAGGUCGCAAAAGCUGUCGAAGGCAAAUAG